AUGUAUUUUAUCCUGCCCCUUGACCUCCUCACCCCACCACCACCCAUGUAUUUUAUCCUGCCCAGUGACCUCCUCACCCCACCACCACCCAUGUAUUUUAUACUGCCCAGUGACCUCCUCACCCCACCACAACCCAUGUAUUUUAUCCUGCCCAGCGACCUCCUCACACCAACCAUGUCUUUUAUCCUGCCCAGUGACCCCCUCACCCCACCACCACCCAUGUAUUUUAUACUGCCCAGUGACCUCCUCACCCCACCACCACCCAUGUCUUUUAUCCUGCCCAGUGACCUCCUCACCCCACCCAUGUAUUUUAUCCAGCCCAGUGACCUCCUCACCUCAAACCACCCAUGUAUUUUAUCCUGCCCAGUGACCCUUCACCUCACACCACCCAUGUAUUUUAUCCUGCCCAGUGACCUCCUCACACCACCCAUGUAUUUUAUCCUGCCCAGUGACCUCCUCACACCACCCAUUGACCUCCUCACACCACCCAUGUAUUUUAUCCUGCCCAGUGACCUCCUCACCCCACCACCACCCAUGUAUUUUAUCCUGCCCAGUGACCUCCUCACACCAACCAUGUCUUUUAUCCUGCCCAGUGACCUCCUCACCUCAAACCACCCAUUGACCCCUCACCUCACACCACCCAUGUAUUUUAUCCUGCCCAGUGAACUCCUCACACCAACCAUGUAUUUUAUCCUGCCCAGUGACCUCCUCACACCACCCAUUGACCUCCUCACACCACCUAUGUAUUUUAUCCUGCCCAGUGACCUCCUCACCCCACCACCACCCAUGUAUUUUAUCCUGCCCAGUGACCUCCUCAACCCACCGCCACCCAUGUAUUUUAUCCUGCCCAGUGACCUCCUCACCUCAAACCACCCAUGUAUUUUAUCCUGCCCAGUGACCUCCUCACCCCACCACCCAUUGUAUUCUAUCCUGCCCAGUGACCUCCUCACACCAACCAUGUAUUUUAUCCUGCCCAGUGACCUCCUCACACCACCCAUGUCUUUUAUCCUGCCCAGUGACCUCCUCACCCCACCACCACCCAUGUAUUUUAUCCUGCCCAGUGACGACCUCACCCCACCACCACCCAUGUAUUUUAUCCUGCCUAUUGACCUCCUCACCCCACCCAUGUAUUUUACCCUGCCCAGUGACCUCCUCACCUCACCACCACCCAUGUAUUUUAUCCUGCCUAUUGACCUCCUCACCCCACCCAUGUAUUUUACCUUGCCCAGUGACCUCCUCACCCCACCAACACCCAUGUAUUUUAUCCUGCCCAGUGACGACCUCACCCCACCACCACCCAUGUAUUUUAUCCUGCCUAUUGACCUCCUCACCCCACCCAUGUAUUUUACCCUGCCCAGUGAACUCCUCACCCCACCACCACCCAUGUAUAUUAUACUGCCCAGUGACCUCCUCACCCCACCACAACCCAUGUAUUUUAUCCUGCCCAGUGACCUCCUCACACCAACCAUGUAUUUUAUCCUGCCCAUGACCCCUCGCCUCACACCACCCAUGUAUUUUAUCCUGCACAGUGACCUCCUCACACCACCCAUGUAUUUUAUCCUGCCCAGUGACCUCCUCACCCCACCCAUUGACCUCCUCACCCCACCACCACCCAUGUAUUUUAUCCUGCCCAGUGACCUCCUCACCCCACCACCACCCAUGUAUUUUAUCCUGCCCAGUGACCUCCUCACACCAACCAUGUCUUUUAUCCUGCCCAGUGACCUCCUCACCUCAAACCACCCAUUGACCCCUCACCUCACACCACCCAUGCAUUUUAUCCUGCCCAGUGACCUCCUCACACCAACCAUGUAUUUUCUCCUGCCCAGUGACCUCCUCACACCACCCAUUGACCUCCGCACCCCACCACCACCCAUGUAUUUUUUUCUGCCCAGUGACCUCCUCACACCACCCAUGUAUUUUAUCCUGCCCAGUGACCUCCUCACACCACGCAUGUAUUUUAUCCUGCCUAGUGACCUCCUCACACCACCCAUGUCUAUUAUCCUCCCCAGUGACCUCCUCACACCACCCAUGUAUUAUAUCCUGCCCAGUGACGUCCUCACCCCGCCACCACCCAUGUCUUUUAUCCUGCCCAGUGACCUCCUCACCCCACUACCACCCAUGUCUUUUAUCCUGCCCAGUGACCUCCUCACCCCGCCACCACCCAUGUCUUUUAUCCUGCCCAGUGACCUCCUCACACCGCCCAUGUCUUUUAUCCUGCCCAGUGACCUCCUCACCCCACCACCCCCAUGUAUUUUAUCCUGCCCAGUGACCUCCUCACACCACCCUUGUCUUUUAUCCUUCCCCAUGACCUCCUCACACCACCCAUGUAUUUUAUCCUGA